UACAGUCUGUACACAGAGCUUCUGACCACACAAGUGGUCUCUCUCUUCUCUGAGUGCAUGUAUUCCAUUGGUAACAGACUAGAAAAAGCCCUUCACCCUGUUUUUUUUUAAUCCUCUCCUUUUCGGGGAACUAUCAAACCUGGGAUGAUCUUGUGGAUUUUCUUCUUCAGAAGGAUUUCUCUUGUUUCUGCACAGACCUUUCUCUACAUGGCUUUUUUUUUUUUUUUUGUAUUUUAUAAAAGGGUUCAAAGGCAAGUUUUGGAAAGUGUGAUGUGCUCUUGUGCCUAUUUGCAGGCCAACUAUAAAUAGUCCAGUAGCCUACGCAUGCUCAUGUUUGAUUGGAAAUUGCAGUGCCUUAAGUCAGUGCUGUGGGGUAUCUGUCAAAGGAGGGAAAGAAACUUGUGAAUGCUCUUAUAAAUCUCUCUGGGAAGGCAAAACAGAAGAGACAACACAAACUUUAUUUCUUGUGAAGAACUUUUUUUCCCCUUUGAAUAUUCCUCUUUCUGGUGGAAAAUGGGUUCACGGAGGACAAUGACACGCUCCUCUUCUAGCAAUGGAAGAUCCAGCAAUGGGGAUGAUUUCAAUGGGAGUAGCCGGCCUAGUGGCUGCAGCUACCUCUCUAACGUGAGGCCAGAAAACAGGAGCACCCUCUGCAGCAUGAUGGCACAGUUAACUGAGGAAACGCAGCCCUCCUUCGAAACAACCCUGAAGUCAAGAGCUGUGUCCGAGAAUUGCAAUGUGAAGUUCUCUUGUGUGGUUACAGGACACCCUUCUCCUCAAGUUAUUUGGUAUAAGGAUGAUGUGCAGUUAGACAGAUACUGUGGACUGCCCAAAUAUGAGAUAUUCCGCAAUGGACAAAACCAUUCCCUGCACAUUUACAAUUGCAGCGUGGAGGAUGCAGCUAUAUACCAGGCUUCAGCCAGCAACAAUAAAGGUAUUGUGUCCUGUUCUGGGGUUUUGGAGGUGGGCGAAAUGAAUGAGUUCAAGAUCCACCAGCGCUACUUUGCCAAGCUGAAACAAAAGGCUGAAAACCGACGCAGGGAAGCGGAAGGUAAAGAAAACCAGGAGCCUCUACGAACCAUCAGUCCAGACCGCACACAAAGGAAACGGCGCUCCACGAUGGAUGCCUUUCUCAGCACGCCAAGCUCUAUGGAGGAUGAGGGCAGUGAGGAGAACCAUCAGGCUGUACCUGCAGAGACUGAGGCGAGGUUGCAGGAGGCAACUGUGGAAGAGGUGGAAGAAAAGCCAGUCCCCAUCCCUAAUGGAGCAGUGUAUACUGUAACUAAUGGACAGGCCAUCAUUGAAAAUGGUAACAAGAGUGGGACAUAUAUAUAUGAUUCUGCCCAGAAGAUUUUUACUGCACACCAACCCAAAACUCCCUUUGUCAAAAAGAAGAUUAAAAUUUCCAACAAUGCAAAAGUUGCAAAAUCAGACAUGCCCGGAGAACGGACAUCUGAGGGGGGGAGGCCAAAAGAUGAGACCUCAGCCUCUAUAGCUCUGGUCUGCACAGAGCCAGUGCCCUCUGAGGGGAAUUCAGAAGAGGUUAUGGAAGUAGAGAACAUUGUUGGUUCUUCAGUUGUGGAUUCAGACUCCAGAAAUGUGACAGAACAACAUCAAAGAUCAGAAACAGAGGAAGCAUUGCUUGUUGACAGGCCUUCACAGGGUGAAAACACAUGUGCUGAGGUAACUGUGCCUUCACAGAAACAACAGCUCACUGCCUUGGUACCCCCCGCUGCUCUUACAUCUACAAGUUAUGCUGUGUCAGGAACUGAAGGCCAACAAGCUGCAAAGCAUGAGAAGGAAACUGGUUGCAAAGAUACAGGAGACUAUUUGAAAAUGCAGAACCAAAGUCCUAACAUUACCUCAACACGAUUACAGACAAGUGCAGCAGCAGCACAUCCACAACAACCCCUCAGUAGAGCAAAGAAGGACAUUUCUAAAACAGAAGAUGUUACAGUUAUGGAUGUUGAAGAAAAGUCAAAUACUAACACUAGUGGAUCUUUAACACACAGAGACUCAGUGAACGCUUCGUGUGAAAGUAGCACUGCUUUAUCUCAGAGUUCGUGUGAACAGACCGGAGAUCAGCUGUCUGAGAAGGAAACAAGCCUCUGCCAAAAAAAUGUGUCUGUGUCUCUGCCAGCGCUGCUGAGGGAGGUUACACAGGCCCAUACAAAGAUGAACAGGAAUGAUGAACCUGUCAACCUUGAGCUUCCACUCAAAGAGUUUUCGAUGGACUCACAACCAGUACAAAAGACUCCAUCAGAGAGAGAGACCACAACAGAUGACAUCAAGACCCCUUCUUUGAACCAUGGUCUUCAGGCAGCCAUUGACAAAAUGACACAGGACACAUGGGAUCAUUCCAGGGGAUCAACUGAAAGCCAUAUGGCCCUUUUUACAGACCUACAGAAGUCACCCCUCCAAAGCCCUGGUGGUGGUGAGAACACCCGAGGGUGUAACGUUUCGCACAGCACCCAGCAAAGCCAAGUUGAUACAGCUAUUAAAACUGUUGAAGGGACAGAAAUACAAGUUGAUGAAAAAGUAGAAGGUAACGAGGUAGGUAAGUUAUUAGUGCAGUCUGACAGUGUGGCCCCAAAUGAGGAGCUACAUAGUAAUGAAAACACUGAAACAGAAAAGACCAAAGAUGCAACACAUAAAGACACUGAUGUUAUCAUUGUGGAUGCAUCUCAAAAAGAAAUGGCAGAGGAAACUUGUUCAGAUUUAAACAAUCUGAAAUUAGAUAUAUCUGAGCCUGCAAUCCCACUCCUAAGAAAAACUCCAAUAAACGCAAACAUAACCCAACUCCAAGAUUUCCAAGAAAUUCAAAAACCAGUGACAAAAAUCAUAUCUAUAGCUGAGCUUUUGAGAUCACAAAUAAAGGCUCUUGACUCAACAUUAGCCAUUCCAAACCAUGCUGACUUUGUACAUGGUCCAUCUACAAGUUCUACAGAAACAUGUGAGGAGUUAAAAGAUAACGACAGCAACUGUAAACCGGAAGCUAAGAUGUCAACAUCUGACAGGAAAACUGAGUUGAGUAAUGAUGACACUCCUCCCAAAAACUUAAAGGGCGAAACACUGUAUGGGACGGUUUUAUCAGCUCCAGAACCUGGGACUCCACUCACAGUAACACCUAUAAAGGCCAGUGGUCAAGAGUCAAAUAUCGUUUUGGCGCAUGCCAAAGAUGAACCUGCUCAGGACAAAGACCGAGCAUUUAUACAAAAGUUAAGUCCAGAAAUUAAACUCAACAGUAAAACUGAACAAGGGAAUACUGAAACACGUCUAGAUAAAUUCAAAGUGGAAGAACACACCACAGAAAAAAGUUCUUUGCAGAGUGUACAAAAGUUCCCCACUAAAAGUGUACUUGGCACAGAUACACAACAGAAUAAUCUUCAACUUAUUCAGCAGGACAGCUCUAUGAUUAAGGAAUUUUCAAGAGCUGACUCCUUAACCAGUCCAACUCCUGAGGCUAGUCCAUUGUUAAAGAAAAGAAAUUGUGUUUCCCCCAUUCCUUCUGCUACUGCACAAGAGCUGGCCUCUGGGGCCAGACGCAAAAUCCUAAUACCCAAGGCCAAACGUGAAGAGGCCUCAGAGGCCAUAUCAUCAUUUGAUAACCAAACCCAGAAAAAGGAGCUUUCUACACUGAACAGCAAGCUUUCCACAAGUCCUGUGGGCCUCUCUACGUCCCCAGGCCUGUCACGACGGUCACCUCUACUGCAGCCGCCUGGUGAGCAAACCUCUCCUGCAGAAAGACAUUCUCCGCUUGUGAGCAGGAGGAAGAUGGCAUCUGAGACUCAAGCACCAAGCCAGCAGCCCACUGAGGAGAUCCACACCCCAAAAACUGAGAGCAAACCUGGAGAGAAGGAUAAGCACGACCCAUUCAAAGCCCCGCAAGUUAUUCGUAAGAUCAGGGGUGAAACCUUUGCAGAUGCCUCAGGACACCUGAAAUUAUGGUGCCAGUUUUUCAACAUUCUUAGUGACUCUACAAUCAAAUGGUACAGAAAUGAAGAGAAGAUUGCUCAGAUUAAAAGAAAUGCAGGCGAUGAAACUCAGGUCAAUCUUGCCAUUGUUCAGGCAUCAUGCAAAGACUCUGGGGUUUACCGAUGCACAAUCACAAAUGAAUAUGGGACAGACUCAACAGACUAUCUUCUUAGUGCAGAUAUCUUGGCUGGAAUGGCCCUACGUGAGGACCUUGGUGUUGGAGAAGAAAUUGAAAUGACACCCAUGAUAUUCAACAAGGGUGUCGCUGAUUCUGGCAUCUGGGGUAACAAAUUAUUUGGCCGUAUAAUGAUGCAGGAAUUUCAUAUUGGUGUUGGCUGCUCACAUAAGGUCUGGAGGGCAAAAGUCAUCUAUGGUCUGGAGCCUUUGUUUGAGUCUGGAAAUACAUGUAUCAUCAAGGCAUGCAACCCCGUCGCCUAUGGAGGCAAAGGAGAAAGCUGCCUCAUAGACAGGAACCUGGACAUUGUCAAGCAGGAGUGUAAAAUUCAGAACCUGGCCCGUGAAUACUGCAAAAUCUUCAGCACAGAGGCAAGACUGAUUGAAAACUUUGGGCCCUGUAUCGAGGUGAUUCCAGUCUACUUAAUGUACCGACCUGCAAACACUGUCCCUUAUGCCAAAGUGGAGGCUGAUCUAACAGGAAUCUAUCAGAAAUACUCUACCCUGGAUCACACAGGCAGGCUAGAUACGAGGACCGGCUCUGAGGUGGAGCAGAAGUGCUGUGCCCUGCAACACUGGAUCUUUCAGUGGACCAAUGGCAAUCUGCUACUCACUCGGCUAGAAGGUGUUGACACAAAGAUCACCAAUGUGGGAAUUUCAGUCAAAUCAACAGGGCAUCAAGGUUUAUCUGUUGAAGGGAAUCCCAAAGUUUUUGAGCAGUUUGUCUCCCAGCACCAGUGUAACUACUUCUGUGGUCUGCUCAGCCUGAGGUCACUAAAGGUCAUGGACUCUUUACUGACACCAACAAAGCCCAAGGGCUCCAAGAGCCCGUUACUUCAACGCAAAAUGGCUGCCGGCUCCUCCAGUCCUCAGACCGCCCGGAAAGCUGCUGGCAGCCCCAGACUGCCCAGGAAGACUGAGCAAGAGGGGGGAAAGACCCCCUCUAAACAAAAAGCUGUUGAUGCUCCCAAAGUUGUUAAGAUGGAAUAGAAUAAUUAUCUUUCAAUAAGACAUGACAGAUCACAGAUUUUCUCAAUGGAAAAGCAUCCUAAUUAAAUUCCGUUGAUUAUCUGAAAAGGUUUCACUAUCAGCAAAACAAUGCAGGAGGAACUGGAAGAAAGAAAGAAGGCCAAUGCCACCUGUGUUUUUUUUAAAGAAAGGUAUAAAACCCUUCAACACUUCAAAUAAUAUGACUUAACUAUUUAAUUUUGACAGCCACCAUUCCUUGCCAGUAGCACUUAUUGUGGAUUGAUGCCCUCACAGGUUGUGGUGAUUAAUUAUUAUAGCCUACACUCAGCAAAUCAAAGGCUUGAAACUACAGUGUAGUAGUGAGUAGUAGCUUUCCUGGGUUUGUAUUCUAUCAAUCCAUAUACCAUAGUAGGUAACAGAUUGUGAAUUCCAAUCUCAGGUCAGUGUAUUUGUACUAAAUGAAUGUGCAAGAUAAAACAUUUUGAACUCAACUGGCAUUAUAUGUAGUCUAUGUGUAAUAUUCAAUGUUAAGGCACAAACAUGUAUCUUUUGUAGUCACGUCUGUGAGAAUGUAGGGGAGUUAUUAUGUCAGUUGAACCAAAACCAUGACAUGGAUAUGCAAUAAGCCCCAUGGUCAUACAGCACGUUUUUAAGGCUGGAAGUAAACCUUUUUUUGUCAGGAAUGUAUCUAGCCAACUGUAGCUUCACAUAACACUGUUGUACAGUGGCCAAUGGUGCUGUGCUUUUAUAUUGUAACCUGUCAUGUUUACUUGCUAUUCGACAUUGCACUGCAUUUUUAGAAACUGCACCUUUGAAUGCUGUAAAAUAAAGAAUUACGCCUUGUACAUUUGGAGACACUGUGAAA